UUGUAGCUGCUCUGGUAAACAAGCUGACCCCCACUCUCUCUGUAAAAGAGGAUAUUUAAAAUGGCAGAGGAUGAUAACAGGAGCUUUCGUGUCAAUUUAUUCCUUUUUGGUCUCCCGACUGAUAAAUCCGACAUUUUUUUGCAAGAAUGGAACGACUCGACUUUAAAGUCUGCCCUCAAUCUUUUUGCUGACGUGGAGAUUACUAGCAAAGAAGAUAUUGGCCCAUUGCCUGAUGGAGUGAUCAAGGAUAAUUCUCUGGCUGUGAUUGUGUUGUUUUGCAACAAGAAAGAGCACAAGGAAGAGGAACAGAAAACAAUAAAUACAAAUGAUGCUACAGACGAGAUUGAGCUGUUUUUCAAAGCUUUCAGUGAUAAGCCAAAGUUGUUUGUAAUAGGAGACAACAAGCCUGAUACUUGUCAAUGGCCUGAAGCAGCUCAAUUUGUAAUGCUAGACGAUAUUACGCAACCUGAAGAAUUAAAUAAAUUAUUCAAGACAAUAAUACUAGAACCAUUACUAUUCUCAAUGACACAGACUGAUAUUGAUAAGGUGUCGUCAUUAGCUUGUGUCAAAGGAGAGAGCAACACACUUAAGCUAUUUCUCGGAUUGCACCAGACCCCGCCCACAAACACCUGGUUGAAAAAUAUACUCGACGAGCUCCAGUCCAUGUCCUGUACCGAUAGGGGCGUGGAUAAGCUCCUAGACAUUGCGGAGCUGGCGUAUAAUCUUGACAGCACACGCUCAAUGGAAACAGUCCAAGAGAAUUGGUCAGCCACACCCAGAUCAGCUCUUCUCGUGUUAUCAAAAUUUGCUCGGCAGUGCAACAAGAGGUACGAACAGCUUCAUCUCUCGUAUCAGUCCAUCUCCAAUCUACUUCCUCAAAAUAUAUCGGACACUCUAUAUACUCAUAUUAAUUUAUCACAUAAUAAUAUGAAAUCAGUACCAGAGGAGUUGUUCCAAUUACAGCGUCUUCAGUAUCUUGAUUUAUCUCAUAACGCUAUCGAGAAACUGCCCUCCAUGUUGCGAUGGAACUGUCCCAAACUGAAAGAGCUCAAUUUAUCGACCAAUCAGCUUGCAGACGAGAGGCGUGGCAUCAUAAAGGGAGCGACGGAGAGAAGACGUUCACAUAUAGAACCAACUGACCCUCAUUCAGUCCCUCAACAAAGGGUACUGCAGUUGACAAGUCACAAUUUAUAUUCAUGUGUAUUUUCCCUGACCACUGUUGAUCUAUCUAAUAAUCCAAAACUAACUCGACUACCUGAUUGGGUCUGUGUCUUGCCUCAUCUAGUUCGGCUCAAUUUAAAAGGAACGCCAAAACUUCAAGAGCUUCCAAAAGCACUCGCAAACUUUAAAGACCUCUCGUUUAUAUCGGUAGAUCCUCAAAACUUUCUCUCUCCUCCAGCUAAAGUAUGCAGUCAAGGAUCAGCUGCUAUUAUUGCUUAUUUGCGCUCUCAGUUACGAGGCUUGAGUGCUUAUAGACACAUGAAUAUAAUGCUGUUAGGCUGGGGGGAUGAGAAGAAUAAAAUAGCAAAAGAAUUAACGUCACAGCAGAAAAGGCAGACACAGUCUUCACUGAGCUCCAUUGAAAGAGGCUCGUACGAUUAUAAAGGAGAAACCCUUGAUCGAAAUGUUGUUAAAGUGACAUAUCACACGAUUAACUUUUCAUCAGAAGCAAUGGAGUUCACUCUUUAUCAAUGCUUCCUUAUUUCUCGCUGUAUCUAUCUGUGUAUUUGGAACCUGUCAGAUGGUAAGGAGGGGCUUCAGAGGCUCGUACCAGUACUACGUAACAUACAGUCCAUGCUGCCUGGGUCUCGGGUUUUAUUUGUGAUUGUACACAGCGAAGAAAAACCGGAAUUAAUGCUCAAUCAGAUUCUCUCUUGGGAGUCGGAGGUCCUUGGGGUACCAGAGCCAAUUAGUCUUUACGAUGAGACGUAUUCCAGUUCUUAUGGGUAUCCUUGUAUCGGGCAAAGGUUUCUAAUUAAUCUAAGUGUGGGCUCUGAAAUUGAACAGCUCAAAGCAAUCAUACAUCAGCAGGCUGGGGAGCUAAAGGUUCCAAAUUCCUCAGAGAAACUCAUUGAGGAGUAUGUCCCUCGAUCUUACAACGGACUACAGAGCCACGUCGAGUCGAAGAUAAAGCUGCAGGUGACGCUUGUUAGAUAUGGAGAGUUUGUUGAUAGUUUUAGAUCCUUUAGUCAUCAGAGUGGUGAUCUUAGCGAUGGUGGCAAGGAAUUCACUUUAGCCUGCCAGUUCUUGCAUGAUUCAGGAACUGUCUAUCACUAUCAUGCUCCAAAUACAAAUCCUACUGCUGAUUUGUUUAUUCUCAACCUACAAUGGCUCUGCAAUACGUUGGCUAAGAUUUUAUAUAAAGCAAAGAAUGGCUCUGCUCCUGUUUUAUCUAUGACUGUCCUUCAGUCUUUGUUGUGUAGUAUAGGACUUGUUACUAACUAUCACAGCGCACUCAUUGGGAUUAUGAUUAAGUAUAACAAGCUUGUACCACUCGAUAUUGGACGUUCCCGUUUCCUUUUUCCCUCGUUGCUCCCGUCCCUCCCUCCUCCUCACUCAUCCUAUGACAUGACCAAGGACGAAGUCGUGUCUCGGAAAAUUUUAUUUCGCUAUCUCCCGUGCUGCUUCUUUUCACACUUUGUAUCAAGAGUCCUUAGUUAUAUAGACCAGGCUGGAGCUCAGUUAGCAGUAAUGGCUCAUCCUAGUAAUCCUCCUGGACCUGCGGAGGAGAAGAGAAAGAGGAGCUCUUCUUUUAGAAAUACCAACAAGUACAAGUUGUCUCGUCGUAGCUACAUCAUCUCUGAGGACUCUGAGGAUGGAGGAGCUGAUGCUUCUAAAGCUAUUAGUAUAUCAGUAACUACAAUGGAUCGCCAGGCACAGUGUGGAGACGCCAUACGGUCUAGGCUAGACUCAGUAUCAAAGUCACUUCCUAGACGGGAACAAUUUUCGACCAACGAAGAUUCCUGGACCACCAUGUACAUGUUUUCCCGCGCCCUUAUAUGGAAGGACGGCUUCCAUUUGGAGUUUUUAGACGGGACCUUAUGCUGGGCCGAGUUUUUCAACGAGUCCGUAUCGAUCAUUUGUAAAGGAGAUGAAAAGGCUAAAGUUAAGUUGCUUGCUUUUCUACUUUCUUGCGUUCAAGAUAUUUGCACCGAAUGGUACAUUAAUCUGCACAGGGUACACUACUCUCCUUGUUACUCUUGUCUCAAAAAUGAUCCGGAGAAAGCACCUUUUUAUUUUAAUCUCUCUCAAAUCUCAAUGGCAACUGAUCAAGUCUUGACGUGUGAGAAGUGUCAAGCAGUGAGUCCGCUACGUAGACUAGCUCCUGAUCUCCUGCUCACUGAUUUCUCGGGAGAAUUGAGACUGAAGAAAGAAAACCUUGUUUUUGACAAGUCUGAGAAGAGCUUAAUUGAGAAGCAAGUUUAUAAAGGUACUUACUAUAAUCAACCAGUUGCUAUCAAAGUAUUUCCAAUUGAUUCUUCUGCUAAUCAUUUCACUGUAUUGAGACUACAUCGCUCAGAGCUGUCCGUUCUAACCAACAUAAGUCACCAGUACUUGAUCAGUACUGCUGGUUUCUUAACUGCUCCACUCUCCAUUGUAUUUCCAUUGGCUCCAUUAGGAUCGCUCCAGGAUCAUUUGGAUUUAUGUCCUAGUGGAAUUGGAGAUAAAAUAUCACAUGUCUUGCUUCAUCAGGUAGCCCAAGGUUUGCAAUACUUACAUUCUCUUCACAUUAUCCAUCGCGACAUUAAACCAGGGAAUAUACUGGUUUGGUCUCUAACACUCAGUGAUGGCAUCCUUGUUAAGAUCACUGACUACGGAUCAUCUUAUUACAUUGAUACUUUCGGUUGUAAGGGAAGCAGAGGUACUGAAGACUACAUGGCACCAGAGCUAUAUCUAUCAGCGAGGAAAAGGAACUAUGAUGAAAAGGUCGAUAUAUUCUCGUUUGGUAUUUUACUUUUUAAUGUCGUGACUGGGAAAAAAUUUGCACCAAAUUUCAAUCGGAGUCGUCACGAGGCCGGAGGAAGAAGAGAAGCUUUCCUCUCCAUCCCUCACUUAAGCAUAAUAGCGUCAGCCAUUGAAGAACAACGACUAGUAGGAAGCAGCAAUCAAUCGCCUGCUACUUUGCUAUUAAAGGACGGAGUGCACCCAGCUGCUAGAGAAGGACAUAUAUCAACGUGCAUUUCAACUUGCAUGCAAGUCAUUCUAGAAGAUUGUUUGUCAAUUGAUCCUAUAAAAAGACCAACAGCUGAGGGCGUGGCUUCUAGACUUGUAAUCUGCGUAGGUCCCUAUACUCAAGAGAAGUACGUACUAGAUCAGAAUUGGCACAUACAGGAGGCGGUGUUUCUACCAGAAAAAGGAGAGAUAUUAGCUUGGGAGCGAGAUGGACAGAGACGAGUUGUAUCGAUAAACGAGGAGACAUUCUCCACUGAACUUUUAAUGAGACCAACGACCAUUAUCACAGAGACUUGUCUUCACAUGGCUAUAGUUUGGAACAAGCUUUUCCUGGUCACGUCAAGCAAGCGAGUCUAUUGCUACUCCUUACCUGAUUUUACUCUUUUAUCUUCUUCAAAAGAACCUUUACCAGCUCAAUCCUCUUGCCUCUUUGUGUCUUGUGAUGCAAGCAUGGUCGCUGUAGGUAUGGAGGGCGGAGCAGGUGGUCGUAUUGCACUAUUUACUGCUUCGAGUGAAGAGGGAGGAGCUUCGGCAUUAGCCACACCUCCUUUGAUAAUGAAACCUUUUGAUCAUCUGAAUAAAAGAAGAGGACAAGUAUCUUCUGGUUGCUUUUGCGGCGAUUCUAAGAUCCUCUGCGGAAGUGGGCGGUAUCUUUUUGGACUGAGUCUGCCAAAGAUGAAACAGGUUUUUGUUCACACGUUAAGUGAUAGAGGAGGGGAAAAGGGCGGAGCCAAAGGAGACGAAGAAAGUGUCAUUGAAGGAAUGGUAUUGUAUGGUCGCUACUUGUGGGUGUGGUUUUCAGAUCAUGGAGAGAUUGUUUUGUGUGACGUGGAAACUGGAGAAAAAUUGAAUUCGAUAGAACUUGAGGUAUUACUGGGCGAUUCUAUACCCAGUAAGGAGACUAGUUCCCGGGUCUUACCUGCACUAGUGAAACCCACUCCUCAUGCGAUGUGGAUUGGUACCAAUCAUGGACACUUAUUUGGAUUCUGUCAUGUGACAUUUAACCUGCUAAUAGCCGUGAAACAGCACUCCAGUAUAGAGUCUAUAGUUAGUACUGGUUCCGAUUGUAUACUGGCGUUUGGUCAAUGGGCUUGUGACGGGAGCCCGGAGCACAGUAAUAGUAAGAGCAGCAUUGGUGGGUUCUCAGUUUGGAGGCUUCACACUGAUAACAUAGUGUCUAAGCAAUAAUUAUUUAUUUAUUUUAUUUUAUUAUUAUUAUUUUAUUAAUAUUAUUUUUAUGCAUGUCUUAUUUUUUAUA